AUGACUGAAGUAAUAGACUCUGAGGCUUCAUCAAUAUACAGAGGGUGUUCUUUUUGGAGCUGGUUUCCUUGGAGCUCAAUGUCGUGGAAAUGUUUACAAGAAGCCGAACGGAAAUUAUUUGCAUUUGUCCAAUCUCCAUACCGUACUCGAUACGUUAACCUAGGUCCAGUUGUUGAACAAGAAGAUAAAAUAUGGACAUUAGAAGUUAAUACUGAAAAACGUGAAACACCUGUAGUUUUGUUACAUGGUUUCGGUGCUGGUAUUGGGCUUUGGUGUAUGAAUGUUGACAAAAUAUCAAAUAAUCGUAGGCCUGUAUAUGCCAUGGAUCUAUUGGGCUUUGGUCGUAGUUCUAGGCCAAAAUUUAGUACAGACCCUGAGCAAGUGGAACGACAAUUUGUAAAUGCUAUUGAAAAAUGGAGAUCAGAAAUUAAACUUGAAAAAUUUAUUCUUCUUGGCCAUAGUUUUGGAGGAUAUUUAGCUACUGCUUAUUCUAUACAACACCCCGAAAGAGUUCACCAUUUAAUACUUGCUGAUCCUUGGGGAUUUCCCGAAGAAAACAAAAAUAUUAAGAGCAAAAUUCCUUGGUGGGCCAAAGGAUUAUUUUAUGCUCUUAAAUCAUUAAAUCCACUGUGGCCAGUAAGAUUUGCUGGUCCUUAUGGUCAAUGGUUAGUGACAAAUUUGCGAUCUGAUAUACUGAAGAAGUUUGAACCUGUACUUGGAGAACAAUCAACUGUGAUUGGAGAAUAUAUAUAUCAAUGUAAUUCUCAACGUGCAACGGGCGAAAGCGCUUUUACUUCAUUGGUUACUGGUUUUGGUUGGGCAAAAAACCCAAUGAUUAAACGUAUACAUGAUUUAGAUAAAAGAGUGCCCAUUACAUUUAUUUAUGGACAAAACACUUGGAUGGAUCAAAGUAUUGGACAAAAAAUUAAAUUAGAAAGAGAAAAUAAUUUUGUUCAAGUUGAGACUAUACCGAAUGCGGGUCAUCAUGUUUUUGCUGACCAAUUUGAAGUAUUUAAUAAUCUAGUUGAUAAAAUAUGCAAAGAAAAUGUGAUUGAAAUCGAAGAAUAG